AUGGUAAAAGAGAUAGUGCAAAAUGAUAGGGUACGAAGUGCAUUCGACAGAAUAUCCACAGUAUCGGUUUCGGAAACACCAAAUCUGAAAGUGAUCCAAGAAAAGAUUGCAAAGGACAUUGGAUGUGAUGAGAAAUUGAUCAUUGAUAAGGAUAAGGUAGAUCAAAGGGCAAUGAUUUUGAAUAUGCACUUACAUUCAGAACAGGAAAAAACAUUGAUAAUCUUGGAUAAUGUAAGAGGAAAAGUUGAUGUGAAAACAAUAGGUGUAAUUCCUGGAAAUGAGUACUGCAAGAUUUUGGUGGUAAGCAGGACAGAUGAUGUGUGCCGACUAAUGGGGGUGGAUCGAGAUGAAAACAUUUUGGAAAUGAAAAGGUUGUCGAAAAAUGAAGCAAGAUGUCUAUUCUGGAAAAAGGUUUACGAGAAAGAGAAGGAGGUCGACAACAUAACGAGUUCCGAAUAUCUGUCUCUUGCUGACAGAAUGUUGGAUUACUGUCAAGGCUCACCUCAAGCAGUGGGGUCGUUAGCAAAGGUGCUAAGAGAUGAAGAUUUAUCCAAGUGGAAAGAAUUUGCUGAAAAACUCGAUAAGAAGUCGAGUUCUGAUGAUGUGAUCCGGACUACUUGGGAUGAGAGUUUAAAGAUUUCUGAUAGUAAUUCCGAAGAGAAGAAGAGGUUUUACUUGAUUGCUUGCGCGUUUCCCCCCGAAACAAGCAUACCGGUCCGUGAAGUGAUGAGAAUUGGCAUUGGGUUAGAUUUGUUCAAUUCUGUCAAGAACCUUUCUGAAGCCAUCUCCCUAGCCCACACUUGGGCUAAUGAAAUGAGCGCCUCGUCGUGGCUUGAAGCUCAAGAAGAUGAUCAAGGCGUCUCUCUUAGACUCACUGAUGAUGCUCGUACCCAUACACUUUCCUUGCUCCAAAAAGACAAAAAGGAGAUGUUCAUGUUGGAAGACAUUCCACGAUGGCGUUACAGGGAAGGGACUUACCAACAAAUGUGCACAACUAUAUCAUUGGCAGCUGGCUCUGAUCAUUCUCGUCUUAAUGGGCUCAAAUUUGAGAAACUUGAAGUAUUGAUUCAGGAUAACACCGAACCUCAUAACGAGUUUACCGAUGAUUUUUUCAAAGGGAUGAGCAAUCUCAAGGUUUUAGCACUGAAACAAAUGGGGAGUGAAUCAUCUAAGCUGCAGUUACCAGAAUCAACAGGAAAACUAUUGUCGAAACUCAAAGCGUUACACUUGGAGAACUGUGAGUUAGGUGAUCUUAGAUGGAUUGGUGAUUUAAUAGGCCUUGUUGUUCUUAGUUUUCGCAACUCGAAAAUGGAGGAGUUACCUGCUGAUGGAAUGAAGAACAUCCACCAUCUUCGCCUUUUGGAUUUGAGCAACUGUAAAAUUCAGCACAAGGUUGGAAUCCCUGCUAAUCUUUUAAAAUCGCUCUCUGAUUUGGAAGGACUUUAUGCAUACAAUAGCUUCGAAGAUUGGGCAGAAGAGAGUGAUGAGGAGAAUGAAUCUGCGAGAAUUGAUGAGUUGAACUUCAUUAACUUCUUGAACGUAGUUGAAAUCAAAGUACGGAAUCUUGAACAAUUUCCAGUGAAUAGCAAGUUUAUCACAAACUUGGAUCAUUUUUAUGUAUCUGUUGGUUUGAAUUCACCAGAAGAGUCAUCACAAUCAUCUGUGAAUUUGGUAUCAAAAUCGCCGUCUGCAAACAGCAGGCGGUUGUCUCGUACUUUACGAGUUGGGUCCAUAGAGAAGAUUGAUGAUAAAAACAACAUGAAAAUGGCAGAACUGCUCAAGAAAACAGAACAGUUAAGGCUAGAGAAAAUGGCAGGGUGGCAACAUUUCGUCAAAGAUUUCGACAAGAAAACUACUAAAAUGGAGAUCUCUUUGCCCGGAAAUAGAAGUCAUGAUCCUGAGUUUCCUUGUUUGCAAAUCUUGGAAAUUUUCGAUUGCGAUGAUAUGCUGUCUUUUUCAGAAAUACCUCUCAAGGCGCCCAACUUAACUCAUUUAAGAGUGAAAGGGUGUAACAAAUUAAUCUUCCUUUUUGUCAAAUGUGUUUCACAAGGAGAUUUCACUGAGUUUCCUCGUUUAACAGAUAUAGUGCUAGAGGAUCUCGAAACUUUGGCUACUAUGUCACGUGAAAUGACCGAAAUCGACAGCUAUGAUUCAAAGCUCUUCUCAACUCUCUUCCAUGGAAAGAUGACAUUUAUAUCAUUGGAGAAAUUGUCUUUGCGAAAUUGCAAUCAAAUUGUAAAACUCUGGGAUAUCGAACAAGAGAUGAAUACGUAUGACAAACUCCAAUACAUAUGUAUUUACAAAUGUAACAAGCUGCAAAGUCUUGGCUCGUUUGCCACAUCUAAUGCUCUUAAGCAGAUUAAAACAAUCGAAAUCGAUUCGUGCUCAAAAAUAAAGGAAGUCAUCUCAUGGGAGGGUGAUGAUCGUCUCGAAAUAUCAAUCUUUCCGACACUCGAAAAAUUGUUCCUUAGCCACUGUCCCAGUAUACAGAGGUUUUUCUCAGGAAAGCAGAAACAAGUUGUGCAUCUGAAAGCUUUAAAAAUCCUACACAUUAAGUAUUGCCCGCGGAUGCAGUCUUUCACUUCUGGAGAUGUUAGAGCACCAUUAAGUGAGGUUAAAUUUGAACCUUACCAUCUUAAAAGGCAGCAAACUGAGGACAUUAAUAACUUCUUACUGACUCAUUCCCUGCAGCAAAACCCAAGUACUUCUGGUGAUGAAUCCGGCAAUCAGGGCGGUGGUUCCCCUGGGAGCUCGGCCCGGAACGCUAAGCGCAACAUCUUCAAGAGUAUAUGCUUUUGCAGGAAGUCAAGCGAACUCAACAAAACAAGCAAAAGGACAGGAUCGAACAUAGAAGGUAACAAACUAAAGGCUCAGAUGAGUGAGAUCAAAACUGAAACUCAUCAGGAAUAA